CCUACUUCCUCUACAGCGUGCUAUAAAAUGAUCUGUUCCACUGGCUCUACGCAUUAUUCCAAUACAUUCUUUCUCACACGCUCUCUUUUUUGCUCAUUCCCUCUUCUCUUCGCCAAGCUGCUGUGCGGCCAAUUCGAUAUUUUUCACCAGCCUUUCACAUUCGAUUCACUCCUUCAUCAUGAUUGCUAAGGCAUUCCUCCUUGGCCUUCUGGCCACCGUUCCCCUCGCUACUGCCCUGGAGGCACGUGAGGCUGGAGUGCAGGAGAGAGACUACACCGGCUCGAUCGCCGCCAGAGCAAUUGCUGCUAUUGCUGAGAUCGAACGCCGUCAUCACACUGAAGCUCAGAUCGCGGCAAAGGAAGCAGCAGCCAAGAAGAAGGGCACCCAGAAGCGUCAGGCUCCUGAUGAAUUCGGUCCAUGGGACUCUGAGGUGGAUGAAUUCGGUUCGUGGGUUGACAAGCGUGAGGCACACCACACCGAAGCUCAAAUAGCCGCCAAGGAAGCAGCAGCCAAGAAGAAGGGUGGCCAGAAACGUCAGGCUCCUGAUGAGUUUGGUCCAUGGGACUCUGAGGAGGAUGAGUUUGGCUCAUGGGUUGACAAACGUGAGGCGCACCACACAGAAGCGCAAAUCGCGGCCAAGCAAGCUGCUGCUGCAAAACAAAAGGGCAACCAAAAACGUGAGCCUGAGCCAGAAGCGCACCAUACAGAGGCUCAAAUUGCCGCUAAGGAAGCUGCUGCUGCGAAGAAAAAUGGCGCCCAGAAACGUGAGCCUGAACCACACCACACCGAGGCUCAAAUCGCGGCCAAGCAGGCUGCUGCGUCCAAAACAAACUGCAAGCGUGAGGCGAAUCCUGAGGCACAUCACACAGAGGCCCAAAUCGCUGCGAAACAAGCUGCGGCAGGCUCUGCCAGUGGAUGCUAGAUCCAACUUCGUCUGAAUAACAGUGAUAUGGUGUAUAUUAGGCGUGCGUUGGAGUCGAGCUUGUGUUUCCAAACAGUAACUUAGGCGCUGAAACAUUUGAAUAUCUGCUUUGGAACAACGACAUGACUGAUUGGCCCCGAGGAUCUCCCUUUUCAGAACGAAUCCAAAAUGUUUCGUGUCUGAGCGUCAGAAACAAAAUAGAUAAUCUGCCCGUGUUGAACAAGCUCGUCUCGAGACGCAAAUAGCAGUGAAAGUUGCCUGGUUUUUGAAAUUCUGCUGGAC